CCAUGACUUGUGUCCUCUGCCCUUGCCUGCACCACUAUCCAGACUGCACGUGAAGCAAAUUCCCUUCGGCCGACAUCCAGCCUCCAAGCCAAGCAUAAGAAAACGCCCGAGACUCUGCACCAGACACAGCCAAAGCAGCGACCCUGCGCCAUGCAUCUUACACGCAUCCUAGACACGGCGCCCGUGACCGACCCCGAGGAAGAGGCCUUUGUCGUCUUCUCGCAAGACAUCCCUUCACAAUCGCUCGGCUUCAUAGACUCCCAGGUCGCCACGCUCGACGUCACGAUCGCAGGCUGCGAUCUGACCAUCCAUCAGUCUAGAGGUCUGCUGACUUCGGACCGUAAGACAGGUACCACGGGUGCAGUCGUAUGGAAAGUCACUCCCCUCUUCUCCUCCUGGAUCUCAUCGCCCACAAACUUCCUCUUCGCAAACAACCUCCUCACCAACACCUCAACCGCACUCGAGCUCGGCGCCGGCGUAUCCGGCAUCGUGGCCCUCAGCCUCGGUCCGAAGAUAGCCAGAUACACCGCAACCGACCAGCCCUACGUGCUGAAACUGCUCAAGCAAAACAUCGCCGAGAACCUCGACGUCGUGCUGCCGCGCACCCAGAGGAAAAACGGCAGACAGAACACGCGCCAGCCAAACAGCGUGAAUGAGCGCAUACAAGCCCGCGCUCUGGAUUGGGAGACAGACGACGUUUCUUCCGUUGGAGACGUAGAUGUGCUGAUUGCAUGUGACUGCAUCUACAACGAGUCUCUGAUCGAGCCGCUGAAUAGCACGUGUGCAUCUGUAUGUCGCCUCCGCUCACUACAAGACGACGAUGCACAGAACCCGACGCUGUGCAUAAUUGCGCAGCAGCUGCGCUCCCCAGACGUCUUCGAGGCGUGGCUGAAGAGCUUCCAUGAGAAAUUUUACGUCUGGCAGAUUCCGGACCGUCUUCUCAGCGAGGGGUUGAGAGAGGGAAGCGGGUUCGUGGUACAUAUUGGCAUCGUGCGGUGAAGGCGCAAGGAUA